AACUAGAGGAUAAUGUAGAUGAAGAUUUAGGAUGUGAAGGUUUAAUGGUUGAUAGAACAGAAGAAUUAACAGUAAAUAAAGCAAAAGAAUUGAUGGUAGGUAAAGCAGAAAAAUUGACAGUAGGUAGAGCAGAAAAAUCAACAUUAGAUAAAACAGAAAAAUUAACAAUGAAAAAAUUAAUGAAAGGUAGAGCAGAAGAAUUGCAAGCAAUAUUCGAAACAGAUAAGUUACUUUUGUAUAAAUUAAUUACAAAAUUAAUUGGCAAUA